AUGCAAAAGGACAACGAUUCUGGCGGCCCAUCAACGCCUAGCGGUCUUAGUGGCCGGCUACGCCGGCGCAAAGGCUCAAAUGAGGUUCCCCCUGAAGUUGUUAAAGCAAAUGGAAGCCAUUUACUUGUAGACGAUACAAACAAAUACAAGUCAAUGUUAAUCCGUACGUAUUCAUCCGUUUGGAUGAUUGGAGGUUUUGCCUUCAUAAUCUACAUGGGUCACCUUUAUAUCUGGGCCAUGGUAGUUGUUAUCCAAAUUUUUAUGGCAAGAGAGCUAUUCAAUUUACUUAGGAGAGCACAUGAAGACAGGCGCCUCCCAGGUUUCAGGCUUUUAAAUUGGCACUUCUUCUUCACGGCAAUGCUGUUUGUAUAUGGCCGCAUCCUCAAUCAGAGGCUCGCGAAUACUGUUACUUCGGAUAAUUUUUUGCAUAAGCUUGUGACUGGAUUUAUCAAGUAUCACAUGGUUACCUGUUAUUUCUUGUAUAUUGCAGGUUUUAUGUGGUUUAUUCUGACACUAAAGAAGAAGAUGUAUAAGUAUCAGUUUGGACAAUAUGCAUGGACGCAUAUGAUUCUGAUUGUUGUGUUUACACAGUCCUCUUUUACUGUGGCAAAUAUUUUUGAAGGAAUAUUCUGGUUCCUUCUUCCGGCAUCACUUAUCGUCAUCGAUGAUAUUGCUGCUUACUUUUUUGGGUUUUUCUUGGGGAGAACUCCUCUUAUCAAGAUAUCACCGAAGAAAACAUGGGAAGGCUUUAUUGGAGCAUCAUUUGCAACUAUUGUCUCCGCAUUUGUGCUUGCAAAUAUAUUGGGUCGUUUUCAGUGGUUAACAUGUCCUAGAAAGGAUUUAUCAACUGGCUGGCUUCUUUGUGAUCCUGGUCCGCUGUUCAAGCCAGAUUAUUUUACUGUCCCUCAAUGGGUUCCUCAAUGGUUCCCUUGGAGAGAGAUCUCUGUUUUACCAGUACAGUGGCAUGCCCUUGCGCUUGGUCUCUUUUCAUCAAUUAUAGCACCUUUUGGAGGCUUUUUUGCUAGUGGCUUUAAAAGAGCUUUCAAGUUCAAGGAUUUUGGUGAUAGUAUUCCCGGACAUGGUGGAAUCACUGAUAGAAUGGAUUGCCAGAUGGUGAUGGCCGUGUUUGCGUUUAUCUACCACCAGUCAUUUAUUGUAUCUCAAAGUGUAUCGAUCGAAGCUAUUAUGGACCAGAUAUUAAUGAACCUUACAUUUAAGGAGCAACGAGCUUUGUUCAUGAAGCUCGAGCAGAUCAUCCAGGAGAGGUCAACAACUCCCUCCAGUGCUAUUACAAAUCCUCGAGACUAUGAAGUGAUUUCAGACCGUGAGAAUGUGCUCCACAUUGCCACAAGAAAUGUCAAGAUGAAUGGGAGUUCCCUUGGAGAGAGAUCUCUGUUUUACCAGUACAGUGGCAUGCCUUGGCGCUUGGUCUCUUUUCAUCAAUUAUAUCACCUUUUGGAGGCUUUUUUGCUAGUAGCUUUCAAGUUCAAGGAUUUUGGUGAUAGCAUUAUCUGA